CACACAUGAAAACUUAUGUGCCUUUGAAGCAUGCCUGCAUACGAAUGGCUUGAAGAAUAACUGGUAGAAAACGAACAAACAAACGGUGCUGUCGCGAAUACAACACUGCCUGCAAUAUUUUGAACGAUAAAAACAUCAACACUGUCCACUACAAAACGGCAACACAAGAUUCAGCUCAUACCAUCAAUAUCAAACACGUUGGUGGAGGUUCGUAAGUUAUUCAUUCACGGUCAACCGCAAAAAAUAAUAGACAACGACUGUACAAAUUCUAUUGCUUUGUCGCUUCACUCAAUACACAAUAUUUUGAUUCUCUACCGUUGACAAUAGGAGAAAUACCGAACACUUCGAACUCGUUGAUGGAAGACAUCGCUUAUUUCAAAAGGGACCUCUAGGACGGCGACGUCGUUGGCGAACUUACCAAUGAAGGCUGUUAUGUCUAUGCCUGGUGACUGCAUGCAGAACGAGACCGUCACAAAUAUCACCAGCUACGACGUUUUGGUAGACCCAUCGGUAGAAGGUGUAGUAGGAGAGUACCAACUCGACAAUUAUAGUAAAAAUGUUGGAAACAACCGAUUGAAAGUCUUUCUAACUUUGUACGAACAAGAUUACGAUCGAGCACGUCGACACAAUGAUAUUGCGCGCUGCGAAUCAAUUGUAGACGAAAUCCUCCACACACUCAAUACAAAAUGUGUUCCUACAGGACGAUUUCUAAUCAACUCAGCAUCGAACCCGAAUGAUGCUAUUUGGAACCUCAUGGGGGAAUACCAAUCAAAGCAGCUUAUUCAUGGUAUGUUGUUUGGUGUCCUUCCUCCAGCGUCAUACCUCCGCCAACAGCACCAAAUUCAAGAACACCAAGGGGUGGAACAAUGUAACAGCAAUAGUAACGGAAAUAACGAGGCAGAAGAGCAUAAGCGUAGACGCAGAUCAUCUCUUUUGCGUCGAUCCACAUCGGAUAGUUUUUUGAACGAUUCAAAGAAAGUCCUUAGAUAUGAUCAUCAACUUCAAAACCAGAGGCAAGAGAAGUUUGGGCAAGACCGCAGAAUGAGUAAGGAAGAACCGAUCUGGUCUUCAAGUCGCCAGCUGACUGCGAACGGAGUUGUUUCAUUGAAUCGAAUGGAUGUCAUCCUAACAUCUAAUCGCAAAGCAUUGGACCCAAAUUGUCAAAGCAUUGGAAACAAUCGCCUUCACAUUCUUGUUGCAAUGCAGUCAGGGAAGUAUCAACUAGCCAAUGAUCGACAAAAAGAAGCAAUUCUGGACGAAGUAAUACAAACAGUCAAUUCUUUUUGGAAGGGAAGAUUUCUCACUGAAUCGAUUGGUGGCUCCUACGAAUUGCUUGACAACGCAGAUGCCAAACGAUCCCUUCGAAACAUAUUUGAUAUGAGGUCGGGUCAGAAUCUCUUUUCGCAAUCAUCUUCCCCUGCAAUAAACAUUCCGUCGAAUACUGUUUCAUCUCGGCUCAGUGGAUCUCAACUUAUGGGGCGUAACUCCGGCAUCCAUGCUCUCGGAAAGAUGAACAUUAGCAGUUCUGAAAGCCUUUCUGGAAGUUUUACGAAUGUCAUGAAUGACAUGAACGAUGCCAACCGGUUUAGGCAAGACACUAUGAACGCGAUGAGACACGCUUCAGCUUCCUCUCUUCCGGUUGGUAACACUGGUAUGAUAUCGAACGAUACAAAGAAGAUUCUUCGACGACAAUUGUCUUCUUCCGUCGUUCCCAAUCUUACACAAUCGAAGACCUUGCCCAAUAUCGAGCCACCAGUAGGUUUGUCGGGAAUAGAUGAUUUGAGGUCUGCAGCGAUCAAGAGUCUUCAGAAACAAAAGGCACGGCAACAGGUAGCUAACCGACUCGAGAAGGUUGCAAUGAGGAACAGCCAACAACAAUUGCAUCAGCAGUUUCAGCAACCUAACAACGCAAAUAAUACGAAUGGGGUGAAUUACAACAGCAACGGCAAUAUGAAUUUUUCUUCCUUCUCCAUGGGUGGAGGAGCGAAGAGAAGACAGAGUUCUAUCUUUGGCGCAUUGGAUCCUUCUAUGAUGGACGAGAUAGUAAGUGGGUGUUUUGACGACGAGGACGACUAAACAAUGGCGGCUGCAUAAUAUUGUUGGAAGAAAUUGGGAAACGCAAUGCUGCUCGAUAAAUUCGAAGUUCUGUAUUCAUGUCAAAUAAAUAUUAGAAUUAAUU